AUGAGCCUUGAUCCCAGUGCCUUUCCGAGGUCGAACUCCCCCGCAAGCUCCGAAAGCUCCCUGACGCGCACGCGGUUACAGGGGAAGGAAGGAUCCCUUAAGAAAGAUAAAAACUACCGCCGAUAUGCAUCUAGUGUUGAACGAGCGCUAUCGCUGUUCGACAAUGCCCUGCAAGAAUGGGCUGACUACAUUUCCUUCCUUAGUCGCCUAUUGAAGGCGCUUCAAACUCAUCCUCCAGAUCAACCGGUUGUUCCUCAUAAGGUGCUUGUCUCAAAGCGCCUUGCUCAAUGCUUGAACCCAUCCUUGCCAUCAGGAGUUCACCAAAAAGCUCUUGAAGUCUACACAUACAUAUUUGGACUGAUCAAACUUGAGGGACUAUCCUACGACCUAUCUUUGUACCUACCUGGCCUUGCGCCCACCUUGACCUUUGCUUCCCUCACCGUCCGCCCCCUCUUUCUAUCUCUUAUUGAAGGUUACGUGGUUGAUCUUGAACCAUGGGCCAUUCGUCCUGCUCUAAAAUCAAUCCUCCUGGCUUUGUUACCUGGUCUAGAAGAGGAAACAAGCGAUGACUUCGAACCGACUCUACGUAUCAUCAAUAAGCUUCGUGAAGUGGGUGGCAGACUAGAGACACAAAAAACAUCCGAUUCCGGGGCCUCUGGGCAAUACUUUUGGCAAUGUCUGUUCCUCGCAUCGAUAACAAACCCAAGCCGGCGUCUUGGUGUGCUAGCCUAUUUGAAUCGCUAUCUUCCAAAGUUAGGUAUUGCAGGCCGUCGUCAAAGUGCAGCUGAUAAAGGGGAUUUGAAGGAUAUUUCUCCAGAGAUGCUAGCUGCAGCAGACUCUGUAAUCCUCCCUGAGCCAGGUUUGUUGAUUAGAUGCUUCGCGUCAGGUCUUUCUGAUGAACAAAUUUUGGUCCAGCGAAAUUUCCUUGAUCUUUUGGUCACACAUUUGCCAUUGAACUCGCCUGUGCUCCAGUCGCGCAUCACGGACGGUGAUUUGGAAACAUUGAUCAUUGCGGCGGUGGGUGUUGUUACUCGACGAGAAAUGGGCUUGAACCGCCGACUGUGGGCAUGGUUCCUUGGGCCCGAACCUGCAAACGAGCGCGAGUGUUCGUCAACUGAUGGAAGAAAGUUCUCGACAGAAACCACUCGGUCAACUUCUACAGAGGUGGAGAGGUUUUCACAGUCGCAAUACUUCAGUCAAGUCGGCUUGCAGCCUCUAGUGAAGGGCCUUCUCAAGAUGAUCAGUCAAGGCUCUCAGGUUCCAGCUGAAAGGACGAAGCCUUUCCGAAUUUCACUAUCCUUGAUGGAUCGAUGGGAAAUCGGAGGCUAUAUUGUCCCUGCUGUAUUCCUUCCCACGAUUCGCAGUGUUCAGACAUUUGAAAAACAAGCCUCCAAACCUUACUUUGAAGAAGUCUUUCGCAGUGCCAGUGCUUUCUUCGACGGUGUGGAGAGCAGUGUUAUCUUUUCUGAGAUUCUAGGUCUAGUGGACUUCCGCUCUAUGGAUAUGGAGCGCGAGCCAGACCAGGUCUUGCAGAACCUCGAGCUUGCGCGGUUCAUCGUCGAAAAUUUUAAUGUACGGGAGGAGGAUAUGCUUCAAGUCCAUGUUCCCUUAUUGGCUUUGUCGGUUCUUGUCAGGAUGCGUGAAAUCUCGCUUUAUACCCCUUCUGCAGGAACCAGUGUGGAUAAGAAGACCUUUUCUAUGGGACUGAGUGGUGUACUCAAGUCACUUGCUCCACUGCUUACAGAUCGAGCAUUCUCAAGGAAAACAGGCCAAGAGAAAAAUGCUGCUGAUGGAAAACCUCGAGAGGUCGAUAUUCUGAAACGGAUUCACAGUCUCUAUGAAAGCAGCAAAAACAGCCUUGAUCUUCCCUCUCUACCAUUCAGCCCGAAACAAACGAGCGAAAUGAUCAUCCGCGAAGCCCAUGAUCUCGCAGUUGAUGCCCUGGAAAAUGAUAGCGCCUCAGCUCUUCAUGAUAAAAUCGAUGUGCUCGUAACAUUACUCAUGAAACUCCCGAAGUCCCGGGUACUCUGUGACAGACGGUUCUACGAGGGACUAUCACGGAGACUUACCAAGGGAGAGAAGACGCCAACGACAGCUGGCUUUGCUGUUCUUUCCACAAUCACAUCUGCGUUGUCUAACUUGUUUUUCAUACAUAGUCUUGGGUUUUAUGUCAGCUAUGAAGAUGCGUGCAGCCUGGUACCAAGCCUAGUGGAACAGCUCUGGCGGUAUUUAUCACCAUUAAGCCCAAAGUUUCAUGUUGAAGCUGUAAGGUGCCUAUGGUUGCUUCACUCGAUCUCAUGGGUUGACCAUCUUGUUGAAGCAUCAAUAACAUCUUUGAUGGUUAACUCCUCAACCACGAGCUCAUAUCAUCUCUCAUCGGAGGAGCAGGCCGAAAAGUUCUAUGUCUUGUGGAACCACAGCCACCAUGGCCAGCACGAGCAACCUCCAAAGCAAGUCCUCGAAGUUGGGGGAACUCUGUUUUCUUACCAGUGUUCUAUGCUCGAACGACCGCUCUUCAUCGUCCUUGACAUGCUCUCACAGGAACCCGGAGAUGUGUCCCAAAGUGUUCAGCACUGGCUUCAAGACUUACAUUCCAUUCACAGAAUUUUCCAUGUGAUAGUUCUAAAACUCGAGGAGUUAUUUGAACAUGAUACACCCAGUGCAGUAGCUGAAGUCGAUCUGUCGAUUUCCCCGGAUGACUACAAAGAAUGCAAAUACCUUCUACGGACUGCAUCGAAUGUCAUCUCAACACUCUCUCAUAGCGGGUGGAUGACGCUUCUUACACAUACAUUGGGUCAGAGCGAAAAGCGUCCAGGCACAUCGAAGUCUGAUGAUAAUUCAAAUGUGAAGAGCUUUCACGCGACUAUAUUUGAAUCUUGUCACAGCAUCGUCAGCGACAAAACCUCGGCGUCAACACAGGGUAACCUGGAGGGAGAACGGCUGCAACGGGAUGCCCUUUAUCUCAUGCGACAGCUUCUUUUAGGCCCCGGUGCAGAGGAUCUGGUAGAAACCGGAAUCGAUGACUUCCUGGUGGAUCGUCUCCUAGCCGCAUCAGGUGAAGGUGGUAGCGUUGCGGUGCAGGGUGCUCUGAUCGACGCACUUCUUGCAGCGAUCAAGGUCAAGUUUGCCCAGGCAUAUGCACCACCUCCUCCUCCUAGGCCGAAGCAUCAACGAACAGGUUCUCGUGAACGUCUGACAAGUCCAUCCAUACUGUCUUUCACUAGUGACAAAGUAGAUAGAGGACAGUCAUUGCCGCAGUUUCCUCGUCCUCCUGAACGUCUUUUGGACUGUUUACUCAAGGGUAUCAGCUCUAAGAAAUCCCAUGAGAUCGUGGAUAAAUGGAUCGGAUUACUUUGUGAAGUGCUCCCACUUUAUUCAGGCUCGCUUUUCCAAAUUCUUCUCAUGUUGGUUGAAUGCUUCUGCCGAGAGAUCACAGCUUCCUUUGGUAGACUCCAACUUGCAUUUCAACAAACCGAGGACUGGCCACAAGAUCGGUCUGAGCAUGUUACCAUAGCCUUGCUGAGUGGCCUUGAAACUUGUAUUGCCAACGCACAUGAACGCCUGCUCGUAGAAGAGUCAAACGUCCCAGCUGCCAAAAGUCCAGACCAACCUCAAGGAUUUUUCGGAAACAUGGUUUCGGGUGUGUUCAACUCAGAUGGCCAUCACGGCCGCUCUAAUACCGCUAAUGAUCGUUUGACCGUUCUUCUCUGUUUCCAAGAUGCCGUUCGCCUUUGCUUCUCUAUUUGGGCAUGGGGCGCAGGUGAUCGAACUGGCUCUUCACCAGAUUCUGAAUCAAUGGCAUCAUUUCAAUACACAUCUUUGCGAAUGAGAAACAGAUCAAGGCGGCUUCUGGAACACUUUUUCGCCGCGGAGGCGCUUGAGUGCCUUGAAACGUUAGUUGAUAUGUGGAGCAAGUCCGACGCAGAGACUGCGAUGCUGAUUUUCAACCUCCUUCAUACUCUUGAUGGUUCGAGUCCGAAGAUCACUAUCCCCGCAAUGUUCAAUGCGAUCUACACGAGAACAAAUCCCAGCGCAUUAGACGCCAAUCGGAAAUCGUCGUUGACCACCAGUCUCUCGGAAUCCGAACUUGCUAGCUUCCUGGUUGCCUAUGCCCGGUCUUUAGACAAUGAUGUGCUCGAUGAGAUCUGGACGGACUGCACAACUUUCCUGCGUGAUGUGCUCAGCAACCCUUUCCCACAUCGGCAGAUUCUUCCGCGUCUUAUUGAGUUCGCGGCUAUCCUGGGAGUGAAGUUAGAGAACACAACGUUUGGUGAAGACCGACGUAUGCGUAAAGAGCUCGGAGAUGUCGUUCUUCGUUUACUUACUGCCGUCUUCACCAGCAAACCCUUAGGGCUCAAUCAGGAUGCUAGUCUCUUGGCAAGGCCAUCUCUUGAUUACGACCGUACUGCGGUAGCACAUACAGGCCCCGAUGAUAUGCUAAGCAUUCUUGCGGUCUCCAUGCCCUCCUUCCUCACUACUCUGGGUGACUCUGAUCGUAUUAACACUGCAAUUACUGGUGUGUCGACCAAUGUAGUUGGUCCCUUAAUCCGCUCCCGACUUUUCCCCAAUAAUCUCAAUCGGAGUGUCAUGAUUCUUUUGCAGCAAAUGGCCAAGGUUCCCGCAGCUGCGAAGGUCUGGAAGAAGGAUAUUUCUGAUGCAUUUAAUGACCCACGCUUCUUUGGCUUGCAAGUGGACCUUGUUAAGGAAAACUGGAUGGACCUUUUCCGACACUGGGUGCUUGCCGAUAAGGACAGAUUAGCAGAGCUUCUUACUCGAUUAACACCACCCAGCACAGCCGGAAUUAUGUUUGGUGUGGGAGCUUCUGCAGCACGAUUGGAAGCAGACCGCAAAGCGCAACUCAAUCUUCGCCGCAUCGCUCUGCUUCUUCUAUCCGCUACUACCGAUUACUUUGUGGGUGAACUUCCAGCUUUACUUCGGAAAUUGGAAGAUCUACUUGCAGCUACCAGCUCGUCAUCCCCAUCAUCCGCGACUCGAGCGGAGAUUUUCAUGGUUCUACGUGCUCUCGCUCUCAAAACUUCACCUUCGACUAUGGCGCCUUUCUGGCCGCUAGUCAACUGUGAGCUCCAAGAAGCGCUCUCUGCUGUUCCACAAAAUUCACAGUCAGAGGUUUACAAUCCUUACUCGCUUCUUCAGGCUUGUAAGCUAUUGGACCUUCUUCUUGUGAUUGCUCCCGAUGACUUCCAGCUUCUAGAAUGGCUGUUUGUGACCGACACCAUCGACGCGGUCUACCCACCGAAUCGCUGGGAACCAGUUGCAUUGGCAGAUGAAGUAUCUCAGACCUUCGGAUCACGUAACAUGUUAUCUCCAACUGUUUCCAAUGAACAAGCGGAGCCCGUGGCACGUGGUGGCCUCAAGCGACCAUGGUUAAUCUCAGAUCGUAUUCGAGAGACAGCCAAGGAUGAGAUCGUUGAACGAGUUUUACGACCCUUCUUUGACCGGCUGAGUAUCUAUGUGUUUGAGAGCACAUACGGUAUGGAAAGCACAGACUUUGGUAUUUGCCGAGACGAUUUAUUGGCAGAUCUGUUCAACGAGAGCACGAUGGCCAACUAA